CACAGACCACUAGCCUCUGCUACACGAAGUGUUUUUUUCCCGCUUGGAAGUGUGAAAAUCAAGGGACAAUCGUUUGUUGGAGCGCACAAAAGAGCGAUACGCAUCCUCUCGUCAUCAACUCACGCCAAAGACCGGUCCGGUGUGUGGCUGUCUCUGAGAACACUGCUACUGGCGUGGAUUAUCCCGCCGCGAACAACGAACAGAGAUGGGCUCACUGCUAGAUGAGCAGCUCGCGUUGGAGGAAACGUUGAAAACGUUUGAACAGUUACAUGCCGGAGGUUUAUCUUCCUGCGCCAGCACAGCUAGACAGACAGCCGAGAAAAAUCCGUUUCACACAGAGCUGGACUGUGCGAGCCAAAGCCGCCAGCAAGAUCACCAGCUAAUGAGGAAGAUUUUUGGAAAUCGCUGUGAAUGUGGGGCCGAACGGUCUGUAUCCAUACCCGGGGGGACCAGCAUCACAGGGGGAAUAGUAUCGCCAUCGGCAGUCUCUACCAGUGCUAUGAGCGCUAGUAAAGCCACGGUGACCCACAGACACAGCAGUGCGUUACAUCUUGAGCAUGGCAUCCGCAAUCAGCGAACCUUCAAGCACAAACAUCGCACCGAAAGAAAGGCUAUCGUGCGUGACGCCGUUCUGCGCAACAUUGGCCAUUGCGUGCACAAGUGCUUGCGAAGACAGAGCGAUGGCAAAACGGCACAACUAGGACAGCGCUACAGUGGAGUUGGAGAAGGCACGACGGCCACCGGUGGACCACUGAAAGCGUCGCGGUCCGAGACGAACCUCGCCGCCGCCUGCUUCGCCGCUGAGGCUAGCGAUGAUCUGCUCGAUUUCAGGUUACUGAUUGCGCAGUGCAGUGACCUUUCGCUUGACUCAGUGUCGCAGGUCUCCGAGAUGCCGAAUUACACCCACACCAGCUUCCGGGCGCUUCGGCCCAUGGAUCUGACUUGGCAACAGUUGAGCCGAACCUCAGCCCAUGCAAGGCGCAAUCGAAAGCGGCAGCUCAAGAAGUGCAACAGUACCUCGUCGCUGGACAGUGAUGGUGCGGAAGUGAGCUUCAAGAGCGGCUCCGAUGGAGCUGAAUUACUCAGUACAACGGACAGUGAUGGUCUGUCAGUGGUGCCAUUAGGAAUGACUCCCGCACAGUACCCUAGCGGGUCCAGUAAUAGUACCGCCAAUACCGUCGUUUCCUCUGCCUCGUCGACUGCCUCAGCUUCCUGUUCGCAGCAGGCGCGCCUCAACAUCAUGCCGUGUGACGUGACCAUCGACGAGAUGGCGAGUUAUUUUGAAACCCUGGUUUACAUACCGAAAAAGAUGUCCUCCAUGGCCGAGAUGAUGUACAUUUAAGUAGAUCGGGUGUAGGAAUCAACUGACGCCCGGUAGCCAUUGUUGAGUCGAACAUUUGUUUUCGUUGCGGACCUUCUUAAAAUUCCCUAGUGAAUCUUUUUCGGCAUCCAAUGCUUCGGGCUUUCGGGCUAGCAAACUGGGGUUGUGAGUAACUCAAUGGCGAUUUCGAGUGUUCGGCAUCAAACUGAUCUUUAAGCCGCCGUCUCACUAGUGUAUGUGUGUGCAUGUGUGUCCGUGAUGCGUAGUAAUGCGUUCGGCACUACUAGGCCCCAAUCGUACCGUGUAAUUUUCAGUAGGAACAAAUCGUUAGCUAAACACGUAAAUUGUACGCGCAAGAACGGCCUGUCCGAAUGUAACCGAAAUAUGUUGUAACAUUAUUCUAUUGGAUCAGAUAAAAAUGCUGUGUGGUGUGAGCAAAAGAUGUAGUCUCUCAGAAGUGGCCGUCGGACCGACGUGUUCUCAAUGCUUUCUCUUCUUCGAGUGGCUUUCAGCACCGAGUGAGGUGAAUGAAGGUUGGAAAAGGUAUUGAAACCACACUAUAUCAGAGGAUCGGUGAGGGGAAUUUAUUUCUUACAUCGUUUAUUAUAUCAUGCAACGUAACGUUUAUGCUUGAUACUACUCUCAACUCGAAACAAUGGCACGGUUCGGACCGAAAGUGAUCUAUAAUCCGGAAAGUGGUAGAUGAAAUGUAUUCACGUUCU